AUGGGGAAGCUCGUGGUGCCUUCGGAUAUUUCCUUGUUGGAGGACAAGCAGACGGUUGGGCGCCGUCGCCUGCGCUUUCUAGAGCGUUUGGGCUUGAUGACGAUGCCUCCGAUGCUUCACUGGAACUACACGAAAAACGACAAGCACGACAUGCGCCAGGUGCUGCAGAGACAGUAUGAUCUCCAGCGCUCGGACCCCGCCACCGACAUCGUCGUGCGCCGCCAAGAGAGCAUCCGCAAGCGCGUCGUCGCCCACAACGGCGUGUGGGCGGGCGUGGCGCUGAGCACGCUUGCAGGUCACUUUUCGAUUCGCCACUACGACUACAAAACCAAGUUGAUCAUGCUGCCCUUCAUUGCCUACGGCGGCUCCUGGCUCGGCCGCUGGGCGGCGAACGGCUUGACAGGCCGCUGGUCAGAGUGGGGCCGUGACCGCGCCUUGGGCGAGUUGCCGCCACGAGUGUACUACUCCGAGGCGUGA